ACUGCAGCAGCAGCCCAGCAACAGCCUGUUGCACCAAGCAGUCACAAUGUCUUUAAUUUCACUCUCUCAGGACACAGAUUUGGAACACUUUGUAUAAGUUAGCCCAUUUGUAGUAACAUGAUUCAAAAACUGUUGCCAUAGGGUGCAACAUUUCAGCUAGGUAAAUGUCAUGACAAGAGUUUUAGUAAUAUAUAGAUAAGAAAGUAAUCUCUAAUUCAAAUGCAAAUCUAUUUACUGUUCAUAUUUUUGUUUUUAAGUCAUCCCAUGGGUGCUGUCCUCCUACUAUGAUAUAAACAGACUUUAUUUGGUAUUAAUAAUAUAACACAGGUAUUUUUCCAGGCCUAGAGAAAUUAUGGAUGCUUCUAACAGGAUCAUCCCAGACAUAAAGACUUUGGUCAUCUUGCAAUGUGAAUGUAAAAAGAGCACAUCUAUUAUUUUGUCUAGUGAAUAAGGCAAAUCCUUAGGGGGGACGGCACUAAACCAGCAAAGGGCAAUCAGUGUUGAUAUGUUUUUGUAUUAUUUUAGUAUUGCUCUGACAUUGUUCUUUAACUGGAAAAGAAGGGAAAGCUCUUGAAUUAAAUGUGAAAGCAUAAACAAAUGGGUGGGAUUGGUUAGGCUGCAGAACCGGGAUUCUGAAUUUCACUGAUAGUGGAAAACUGAUAUCCUAACUGCCCAAAAGAUUCAAAAUCCCUAUUUUCUGUUUCUGAGCUUUGCAAAAGAACUAGCAUCGUUUUAUUUCAUGGCUCAGAAAUGCAGCAUGUAUUCUGUGACCCUUUGUCACCUCUAUUCACAGAGCAUCAACGACAUAGAGAGCGCAAUGCUGUAAAACGAACACACAGAUCUAGCAAAACUCCCAUUUUCCUACAAUCCUAAACACAAUUCAGGCUAAGGAAUAAACUCCAGUGAAGCCACUAUCGAAAAGACAGAGGUGAUCCCAGUGUAUCUAGCAGUAUCUGCUCAACAAACAAGCAGCCUACCAGGAAAGGGUCCUGGGUGAUGGGGAAAGGCUUUUUGUCUAAAAUGUCCCACUAGAAAUUAACUCAUUAAUUAAAAGGCAGUCAAGCAGGUACCCAUAGUUUUCACCGCCUUCCUGCUUGACCUACCUUCGCUGUGACAGGAGGUCCUGAGGGCCCCUGAACAAAACAACUGAGAUUUGUUUUGUGGGAAGGAAGGAGGCGCUGAGUGCCGUUCAGACGUCAAACCUGAAAACGGUGCCGCAGAGGCACCAGCCAUCUCACUCCAUGCCCGAUCUUGUCAAGGCUGGGGGCUCUACUAUAACCAGCUCUCCUGCCUUAGGUAGUUCUCGGAUCCAGCUCGCCACCCGGCUUAUCUUCCAGCUCCAAGAUCUUUUCGUUAGCGGAGCUGGUAGUCUCAGCUCCGGGCAUCAUUCUCUUCUCAUCACCUUUAGCCCCUGGAGCGGUGCGGUCAAGAAGGAAAGCAGCGAGAAGGCGCAGGACCUUCCGGCGCUGGGGAGGCCGCGAAGCAGGCCAGAAGGCUGCCGGAGCGCCGACAGCAAAUGGAGAGGCGCUAUUAGCAUUCAGUUCCACGUGUUGCUUGUUGUGGGCGCCACAGGUUUCCCACCUGUGAGUCGCGCCGCUGCUGGGCGGAGCUGAGCUUCCCUCCCGGCCGCUGAGGGAAGUAGCGACGGGCCGGGCCGGCCGCUGAUAGGACCCGAUCAGAGCUGUCCCCAAGCUCGACCCCUUUCGCAAACUCCGCCCUUCUCUUUCGGCGGCGCUGCUGGCUGCCUCGUAGGAAAUAGUCGGGCGUGGAAGCUCGACGUGUCCGGAAAGGUGUCCGUCGCUUGGGUUCCAGGCGCGCCAGCUUCGCGGCGGGGCUUUUCUUUAUACGUCCUGCGAAAGGUGCGCUCCGGCCGGGCACCAUGCUCGACCCGUCCUCCAGUGAGGAAGAGUCCGACGAGGUGCUGGAGGAAGAGAGGCGGGACCUGCUGGGGGUGUCCGGCGGCAGCGGCCCUUCGAACAGCUCCCCACGAGCCCUCCCGGCUCCUAGCCGGGACUCCGGGCGCCAGGGCAGCGGUGGAGGCGCAGCGACCCGGCCGGUGAGCCCCAGCCCAUCGCUGCGGAGCGAAGGCAGAGAAGAGCAGGAGCGGCUGCAGAAAGAGGAGAGGGAGAAACGGCUCCGGCUGCAGCUUUACGUCUUCAUCGUGAGGUGCAUCGCCUAUCCGUUUAACGCCAAGCAGCCCACAGACAUGGCCCGGCGGCAGCAGAAGCUGAACAAACAGCAACUACAAGUGGUGAAAGAGCGGUUCCAGGCAUUUCUAAAUGGAGAGACACAGAUUGUGGCUGAUGAAGCUUUUUGCAAUGCAGUUCGAAGUUACUAUGAAGUUUUCCUCAAGAGUGACCGAGUUGCUAGGAUGGUCCACAGUGGUGGAUGCUCAGCAAAUGAUUUCAGAGAUGUUUUUAAGAAGAACAUAGAAAAAAGAGUCCGGAGUUUGCCUGAGAUAGAUGGAUUAAGCAAAGAGACCGUGCUAAGUUCUUGGAUAGCCAAAUAUGAUGCCAUUUACAGGGGAGAAGAGGAUCUGUACAAACAGUCCAAUAGGAUGGCUUUAAGUGCUGUAUCUGAACUCAUCUUAAGUAAAGAACAACUAUAUGAGAUGUUCCAGCAGAUUCUAGGAGUAAAGAAAUUGGAGCAUCAAUUGAUCUAUAAUGCCUGUCAACUGGACAAUGCUGAUGAGCAAGCUGCCCAGAUCAGACGAGAGCUUGAUGGGCGCCUCCAAAUGGCUGAUCAAAUGGCAAAAGAAAGAAAAUGUCCAGAGUUUAUAGCAAAAGAAAUGGAGCACAUGUAUAUAGAAGAACUACGGUCUUCAGUGAAUUUGCUGAUGGCAAAUUUGGAAAGUCUUCCGGUGUCUAAAGGUGGACCAGAAUUUAAAUUACAGAAGUUAAAACGAUCACAGAAUUCUGCUUUCUUGGACAUAGGAGAUGAAAAUGAGGUUCAACUGUCAAAAUCAGAUGUGGUGCUAUCAUUCACAUUAGAGAUAGUUAUAAUGGAAGUUCAAGGUUUAAAGUCUCUAGCUCCAAGCCGUAUUGUUUACUGUACAAUGGAAGUGGAAGGAGGGGAGAAACUUCAAACAGACCAAGCUGAAGCUUCAAGACCACAAUGGGGAACCCAAGGGGAUUUUACCACAACCCAUCCUCGACCUGUCGUCAAAGUGAAACUUUUUACAGAAAGCACAGGGGUCCUGGCACUUGAAGAUAAAGAGCUAGGAAGGGUUGUGUUGUACCCAACUUCCAAUAGCUCAAAGUCAACAGAGCUGCAUAAAAUGUUAGUCCCUAAAAACAGCCAAGAUUCUGAUUUGAGGAUAAAAUUAGCAGUGAGAAUGGAUAAGCCACCACACAUGAAGCAUUGUGGGUAUUUGUAUGCCCUCGGACAAAAAGUUUGGAAAAGGUGGAAAAAGCGCUACUUUGUUCUUGUGCAGGUUAGCCAAUAUACAUUUGCCAUGUGCAGCUACAGAGAGAAAAAAUCAGAGCCUCAGGAGUUAAUGCAACUUGAAGGAUACACUGUGGAUUAUACAUCACCCCAUCCAGGCCUGCAAGGUGGUCAGAUGUUCUUCAAUGCUGUCAAAGAAGGUGACAUAGUGAUAUUUGCCAGUGAUGAUGAACAAGAUCGGAUCCUUUGGGUCCAAGCAAUGUACAGAGCUACUGGUCAAUCUUACAAGCCAGUUCCUGUAGGUCAAGUACAGAAGAUGAACCCAAAAGGAAGCAAUACUCACACAGAUUUAUCACAGAAUGCAGAUCAUGCACAGAAACAUGACAUGGAUGAGUUUAUUUCUGCUAAUCCUUGCACAUUUGACCAUGCGGCACUCUUUAGAGUACUACAGAGACAGACCUUGGAUCACCAACUGAAUGAUUCCUAUUCUUGUUUGGGCUGGUUUAGCCCCGGCCAAGUCUUCGUAUUAGAUGAAUAUUGUGCUCGUUAUGGAGUAAGAGGCUGUCACCGCCAUCUCUGCUAUCUGAAUGAAUUGAUGGAACAUUCAGAAAAUGGUGCUGUCAUUGACCCAACCUUGCUCCAUUACAGCUUUGCCUUUUGUGCUUCUCAUGUUCACGGCAACAGGCCUGAUGGAAUUGGGACUGUAACUGUUGAAGAGAAAGAAAGAUUUGAAGAUAUUAAGAAGAGGCUUUCUUCCCUUCUAGAAAACCAGAUAAGCCACUUCAGAUACUGCUUUCCUUUCGGACGUCCUGAAGGAGCUUUGAAAGCUACACUUUCCUUGCUUGAGAGGGUCUUAAUGAAAGAUAUUGCAACUCCCAUACCAGCAGAAGAAGUGAAGAAAGUGGUCAGAAAAUGCCUAGAGAAAGCAGCCUUGAUCAAUUACACUCGACUUACAGAUUAUGCCAAAAUAGAAGAGACUCUGAACUUGGCAUCUCCUUCUGUAAAGCUGGAAGAGGUUAUUCAUUUAGCAGAGCUCUGCAUUGAAGUCCUGCAGCAGAAUGAAGAACAUCAUUCAGAGGCCUUUGCAUGGUGGCCAGAUCUGUUGGCUGAACAUGGGGAAAAGUUCUGGUCUCUUUUUACUGUCGACAUGGAUUCUGCGCUGGAGGCACAGCCACAGGAUAGCUGGGAUAGCUUUCCUCUUUUCCAGUUACUCAAUAACUUCCUGAGAAAUGACUCACUUUUGUGCAAUGGAAAGUUUCACAAGCAUUUGCAGGAGAUUUUUGUUCCCUUGGUCAUCCGCUACAUUGAUCUCAUGGAAUCAUCCAUUGCCCAGUCCCUUCACAGAGGUCUUGAACAGGAGUCAUGGCAGCCUGUCAAGACCAUCACCAACAGUCUUCCCAAUGUAGCUCUUCCAAAAGUUCCAAGUUUGCCUCUUAAUCUUCCACAGAUACCUAGUUUUUCUACACCAACAUGGAUGGCUUCUUUAUAUGAUUCCACUAAUGGGUCAGCAACAUCAGAAGACCUCUUCUGGAAACUGGAUGCCCUACAGAUGUUCAUCUUAGAUCUCCAUUGGCCAGAACCAGAGUUUGCCCAUCACUUAGAACAGAGACUUAAACUUAUGGCCAGUGAUAUGAUAGAAGCUUGCAUCAAAAGAACAAGAACUGCUUUUGAACUCAAAGUGCAGAGGACAAACAAAUCAACAGAUUUGCGUAUUCCUUCUUCUGUAUGCACAAUGUUCAAUGUGCUAGUUGAUGCCAAGAAGCAAACUGCUAAACUUUGUAUUCUGAAUGGUGGGCAGGAGUUUGCAAAUCAAUGGCAACAAUAUCAUUCGAAAAUUGAUGACUUGAUUGAAGAAACCAUGAAGGAAGUAAUUUCACUUCUUGUUUCAAAGUUUGUUUCAGUGCUAGACGGUGUUCUCUCUAAACUAUCAAGGUAUGAUGAAGGCACUUUCUUCUCAUCAAUACUUUCAUUCACUGUAAAAGCAGCUGCAAAAUAUGUUGAUGUUCCUAAACCAGGGAUGGAUCUUGCAGAUACUUACAUUAUGUUUGUUCGUCAAAAUCAAGAUAUACUUCGAGAUAAAGUCAAUGAAGAAAUGUACAUAGAAAAAUUAUUUGAUCAGUGGUACAACAGCUCCAUGAAAGUCAUAUGUGUCUGGCUGGCUGAUAGAUUAGACCUCCAGCUUCAUAUCUACCAACUGAAGACUCUCAUCAAAAUAGUAAAGAAAACCUAUCGAGACUUUCGGUUACAGGGUGUGCUGGAAGGAACCCUAAACAGUAAAACUUACAACACAGUUCAUAGCCGUCUCACAGUCGAAGAAGCCACCGUUUCUGUAUCCGAUGGUAGUGGACUGCAAGGCAUCACCAUGAAAGACAGCGAUGAAGAAGAAGGCUGAUGUUUUAUGUCUCUCCCAAGUAUCUGUUUCAUAACUUGUCCUCAUGUUUGAAUGUAUGUUUUGCCUUAAUGCCCUGGUACUACAAUGUGAGCCCCUCCCAUUGGAAGGAAAGAGAAAAGGGACUUCUGAAAACUAACAUAAGAAGAGAGAUGGUGAGGAGCAGUGCUCAUGCCAAGGACAUUCUGACAUCAGUAGAUUUUGCAUCUUUUGCCAUGUGGCUUUGCUUUGUACUGUGAGAAUGCCAAUAAGGAGUCAGAGCUCCCCUUGUGAUUCAUUUCCUUUUGUUUGUAUUGUUGCAGUCUCUUGCCAUCCCUUCAGUGCAGCAUGCCCCUGUGCAGAAUGCAAACUGCAGACAUCACCCAACCCUUUCGGCAGCCGUUCUUAGAAAUUCUUCCAUUUUAUUGUUCACAGCCAAUACUGUGGCACUUCAGAAAGAGUGAAACCCCACCUGUAUUUUCUAUG